AUGGGUGUCAUAAGGUUCCUUCGGAGCCGUCAUAUCCGAGCGAGAAACGAUCAGAUUACCAAUGCUGCACAGUUAACAUUACGGCAGAGUCUAUGGCCGCUCACCAUUGUGACCAUCUUGUUUUUCUUAUGGGGUUUUGCGUACGGCCUGCUGGACACUCUCAAUAAGCACUUUCAGAACACACUGGGAAUCACACGAACCCGUUCCUCGGGAUUACAAGCAGCGUAUUUUGGGGCGUACCCCCUUGCUUCCCUUGGCUAUGCUAACUGGAUGCUUCGAAAUUGGGGUUACAAAUCCGUAUUUAUAUUGGGUCUAUCUCUCUAUGGCAUUGGAGCCCUCUGUAUGUGGCCGGCUGGGUUACAUCAAUCGUUUGGUGGAUUCUGCGGUGCAACCUUCGUCAUUGGUUCUGGACUGGGAUCGUUGGAGACCGCUGCAAACCCGUAUCUUUCAGUUUGCGGUCCACCAAAAUAUGCCGAGAUCCGAAUCAACUUUGCUCAGGCUUUCAAUGCCAUAGGCACAGUUGUAGGGCCUGUACUUGGCUCGUAUGUGUUUUUCACCACAACAGCGGAUAGUGUCAGCGCUCUGGAAAGAGUUCAAUGGGUUUAUCUCGCCAUUGCAAUCUUUGUCUUUUGUCUUGCAGCGGUUUUCUAUAUCUCCGAUAUUCCUGAAGUGACAGAUGCAGAUAUGGAAUACCAGGUUGCUUUGACUCACGUUGAAGAGAAAACUGAUUCAUUCUGGAAGAAGUAUCAGUUGUUCCAUGCUGCAUUUGCACAGUUUUUAUAUGUGGGUUCGCAAGUGGCAAUCGCAACAUACUUCAUCAAUUAUUGCGUGGAAACAAGACCAAAUACCUCUAGUGCCUUAGGAGCAAAAUUUCUGGCCGGUGCGCAGGGAGCCUUUACUGUUGGUCGUUUUUCAGGGGCCUUCUUCAUGAAAUUUAUCAGGGCCAGAUGGAUUUUCCUUGUAUACCUUGCUGGCGUUUUUAUUUUCCUAGCUGCAUCAACUACACAAAGGGGUAAUACUGGUGUUGCUAUGCUUUUCGUGGUUUUAUUUUUCGAAUCAGUUUGCUUUCCGACCAUAGUCGCGCUUGGGAUCCGUGGCCUAGGAAAACAUUACAAGCGCGGAUCUGGGUUCAUAGUUGCUGGUGUUUCCGGUGGAGCAGCAGUGCCACCUCUUCUAGGCUAUGUUGCUGAUUUGCAUGACUCCACUGGUUUCGCAAUGAUAGUACCAACGAUUCUUAUGGCUGUGGCAUGGACUUAUGCUAUCUGUGUUAACUUCGUACCGUCUUACCGUGACCCAGCGGACCAAAUUGGAGAUAGCAAUAUUGGAAUCACGGAUGCUAGAGCAGAUGAGGAGCAUAAAGGCGCUGCUAAGGCUGCUGAUGCCACAGCCGAGGAGAAAGAAAAGUAG